CAUCCUGAUAAUCCAGACGUCGACGAAACAACGUCCAUUGCUGUUAUUGAUAACAAGUCACAUCCCAUCGAGUUAACCAACAGUAUGGCUGCUCAGAAGAUAAACGAAGCUCACGAGCACAUAGCCAAGGCUGAAAAAUGCUUAAAAACAGGUCUGACGAAGUGGAAGCCGGACUUUGACAGCGCUGCGUCAGAAUACGCCAAAGCAGCCGUGUGCUUCAAGAACGCGAAGCAGUACGACCAAGCAAAGGACGCCUACCUGAAGGAGGCUGAAUAUCAGACGGAAAACAAGACGCUUUUCCAUGCUGCAAAGGCUAUCGAACAGGCCGGUAUGAUGAUGAAGGAGCAAAAGAAGAUGCCGGAGGCGAUCCAGUACAUAGAGAAAGCCUGUAUGAUGUACAUGGAGAACGGGACUCCGGACACUGCUGCCAUGGCUCUGGACCGGGCUGGAAAACUGAUAGAGCCUAUAAACCUAGAGAAAGCUGUGGACCUGUAUCAGAAGGCGGCUGGCGUUUUUGAGAAUGAGGACCGCCUGCGUCAGGCAGUUGAACUGCUUGGAAAAGCCUCCAGACUUCUGGUCAGGCUAAGAAGGUUGGAUGAAGCAUCAGUUGCCCUGCAGAAAGAGAAGAACAUGUACAAAGAAAUUGAGAACUUCCCCAUGUGCUUCAAGAAAACAACAGCUCAAGUACUAAUUCAUCUUCAUAGAGGGGACUACGUAGCAGCUGAUAAAUGUGUCAGAGAAAGUUACAGCCUGCCCGGGUACAGUGGAAGCGAAGAUUGCAUUGCCAUGGAGACACUUCUGCAGGGCUACGACGAGCAGGACGAGGACCAGGUCCACCGCGUGUGCAGCUCGCCUUUACUGAAGUACAUGGACAAUGACUAUGCCAAGCUGGCCAUUUCCUUGAGAGUACCUGGAGGAGGAGGAAAGAAGAAGAAGGCAGCUGCUGCUCCACAAGGCGGCGCUGAUGGUGCACCAGCUGACGAAGAGGACGAUUAUGAGGGAGGCCUGUGUUAGCCGUCAGCCUCCGAAGGGCCGACUCUACCCAUCUGCUGCUCCUCCACCGCACCCUCUGUGUACGAGUUAGAAACCUUGACAAAUCCUUUCUGCCCUGAAGCCCAGAUGUUUGGCUGUUUAAUAGUUAUUGUGCAAGGAAAAAAGUUGAUUUAACAAAAAAAAAACGACGUUACAGUCUGCAGAGUCGACGACCCUAAUUCAAGCAGCUGUUUUAAUUUGAGGUGGAUAAUCUUUGGUGUAAUGAAAAAUCUUCAACGUUCUAUUAUGUGUGAAAGCCUGUUGUAUGUAAAUGUUCAAUUAUUUCUUGUCUCCGCAAAGCUGUACAUUUUGCUCUCAUAGUUUGUGAGUCUUCAGAUUACUAUAUUAAAAUCAUAAAUUCAGAAAAGUGUAUCUUAUGAGUUGAUCAGUGUAUAGGUGUUUAUUUGUACAGUUAAAUUAUUCAGUAUUCCUGGCUGCAACCCGUUGGAAAUGUUACUGUAACAAUAUGCCCACCAGUUUGUCAAUGCAUGUAUGCAAUAAUGUACGAUUUGUGAAUAUUAAGGCUUAAAAAUGAUUGAUACUUCAGCAUUAGGGCUUAUUGAAAAAAAUAUCAAUAACAGUACUCUUCCCGAUGGCGCAGCUUGUAGCCAAUUUGACUGUUUUUGAGGUGUGUGUGCUUCUUACCCUUAAACAAAGAUAGUCCAUAGCUGUGUGUUUAUUUCCUGUUUCCGCCGUACAAUCCUCAACUUAAAUUGACUUAGACAUGAAAAUGGAACCAUACAGUUAAUAUAAGAAGCUUGCUAUUAAGGACAAAAACAGUUUACAUGCCAAUUAAAAUCAUUCAUACAAUAUCACUAAAGUUAAUAAAGGGACUGUUUACAUUUUUUAUUUGUGCCGUUGCCCACUUGUAUAUUCUUCAAAAGCAUAUCUCCAAACUUCACAUGCAUCAAUAAACAUUUCCAUAGUGUGGCA